AUGACUGCACCAAACUUGAAGGAACCAUUUGAAGUCAUGUGUGACACUAGUGAUUAUGCAGUAGGAGCAGUGUUAGGACAAAGGAAAGGGAAGCUAAUCCACCCAAUUUACUAUGCCAGCAGAACACUGGUGGAAGCUCAACUCAAUUACACCACCACUGAGAAAGAGCUGCUAGCGGUGGUUUUUGCAUUUGAAAAAUUCAGAGCUUACCUUAUUGGAAAGAAGAGAAAAGAUGUGGAGCCAUGGUUUGCUGAUAUGGCCAAUUAUGUGGCUAGUGGAAUUUUGCCAUCAGACCUGAAAAGGCAGCAGCUUAAGCGAUUCACUCAUACAACAAGUUUUACUACUGGGAUGAUCCUUAUCUGUACAAAUUUUAUGAGACAUUUCCCUCCAUCRAAUGGUAACCUCUACAUCUUGUUGGCAGUGGAUUAUGUUUCUAAAUGGGUGGAAGCAAUAGCCUGUGCAAAAUAUAUCAAGAAUAAGGUAUCCACCGCCUAUCACCUUCACAUAAAUAGUCAAGCAGAGGUAUCAAACAGAGAAAUUAAGAGAAUUUUGGAUAAGGCAGUGCAUCUCAACAUAAAAGAUUGGUCUGACAAGUUAGAUGAUGCAUUAUGGGCAUAUAGGACUCCCUAUAAAACUCCCAUAAGAACUUCCCCUUAUAAGCUAGUCUUCGGAAAGACAUGUCAUCUCCCACUCGAACUUAAGCAAAAGGCAUUUUGGGCUGUGAAGAGGUUGAAUAUGUAUCUAUCAGCAGCAGAAGAAGCAAGAAAAUUUCAGCUGCUAGAGUUGUAUGAAUUCAGAAGAGAAGCCUACGAGAACGCAAAAGUUUACAAAGAGAAGACCAAAUUAAAAUCAAGGUGGUCAGGGCCAUUCACAGUGGUGAAGGUAUAUCCUUAUGGAGUUAUAACCGUCAAAGAAGAUGAUAAUGAAAUGGAGUUCACUGUGAAUGGACAAAGAUUAAAGCACUACUGGGGAGGAGAAGUGGUGAGGAAGAUUGAUUCCGACCAGCUGAGAUUAGCAUAA